GUCACGAUGGACCUCCUACAGCUGGUGGCCAGAUGCUGUGACGGGGAGGACCUCACCCGACUGGGUCAAACGGGGCGUCGCUUCUUUCAACAGCUCGACCUCAGCGUUGAGGUCCUGAAGCGAGCAACUCUGGCGUGUCCCGCCCACUCCAAAGCAUGGAUAAGGACAGAUGACGUUCUGGGCAGUCCUGGCUGGGCCUAUGCACUGCACCAAGCACAUCGGAGGAAUGGCGUUCAUGAUUGCGUGGCUGUGAGAGGCUCAGAUAUGCAGAAUUCCCAUGGAACUUCGGAGGUUGACACCUGA